UGGCAUCUGUGGGUUUAGUUACAAAUUUAAGUAACCAGUUUAAUGUUAAUGUCAAAGAACAGUGUUCAUGCUUAAAUCUGGACGGUGCAAACGAGCAAAUUUCAUAGGCAACACUUUGUAUUGAUUUGUUUGAAAUGUGUUAAUUUGAAGCACAGGCUAGUGGGUUUGGAAAAUGUAGUAUGUUAAUCAAAACCAGAAGUAAAACCUCCAGAUUUCAUAUAGCUAUGCUGAGGGGAGAAGCUAGGGAUAGCAUAUGACCUAGUGGCCCUGACCUGGUUCCAUUUCAGGUUUUUAUGGUGUUUGAAUGCAAUCAUUGACUGGAAAGAACAGAGAGGUAUCCCACGACGACCUUGCAAUUAUUUUUUUUCUAUUGCAGUUAUUCCUACAUGCGACCAGGCUUAUGAUCUAGAUCUGGAACUCCCUACAUUCUUGCAUCUCAGUUAUAGCCCACUGUGGCUAUUUGUUCAUGUAAAGAAUGUAUACAUGCUUGCCACCAUGGUAUGCUCAAUUGGCUAAAAUGUCCCUAUCCUCAGGAAUAAAAUGUAAAAGACAACAGUUGUGGAAUGUAAUCCAGUGGAAGAUGGUACAGAAUGGGAUGUGGGGACUUAGCUUGUUUUUCUCUAAUGGAUGAGAGUAUACCUCUCUUAGACUCACUGUAUUGCCUGGAGUCAGGCUCAGUUUUAUUAGUCCUUGUCAGCAUUUUCUAGGGCAGGAGUUCAUCAAGUGUUGGGGAUAAUAUUAUGCCUGACUGCCAUAAAGAGAACUGGGCCAAUGGUAAAAGAAUUCAGUAGUGGGAGGGAAAAAACUUGAAUAAGCAGCCAGGUGGAAUGACCCAUGGUCUCAGAUGUCCCUUCAUAGAUGCACAGAGCCUGGGAGAUAAACCAGAUGAACUUAAAGUCUUGACAGAGCAAUGCAAAUCUUCUAAUAUAUAUAUAUAUGUGUGUGUGUGUGUGUGUGUGUGUGUAUACACACACACACACACAGAGCAGCGGACAAGAUAACAAAAAUAAACACUCCACAACCUCGAAAAUUGACAGCACAACCCUUCAUCUACGCCUCUAGGUUGAUACAACAAAAAGAAAAGAAAAAUAAAGUCCUAAUUAGAGGGAGAGGAAUAAUUGUUUUUAUCCAAGUGCUGCCAGUUAGAAGGCUAAGAUCUGCCCACUUGGUCUCCUAGCAACCCACUCAGCCCAGGGGACAGGCAGAGUUUGGCCUCUUCCACAGAUUAUCUAAUUUGCACUGGAUUAUAUGACAGUGUACACUCAAGGCCCUUCCACACAGCUAUAUAACCCAUUUAUAACUAUAUUGUCUCCUUUGAACUACAUUAUCUUGACUCCACACUGCCAUAUAAUCCACUUCAGCAUGCAUUUUAUACAGCUGUGUAGAAGACCUCAUAUAAUCCAGUUCUAAGCAGAUAAUAUAACAUAAAUAUACAGUAGAGUCUCACUUAUCCAACAUAAACGGGCCGGCAGAACGUUGGAUAAGCAAAUAUGUUGGAUAAUGAGGGAUUAAGGAAAAGCCUAUUACACAUCAAAUUAGGUUAUGGUUUUACAAAUUAAGCACCAAAACAUGUUAUACAACAAAUUUGACAGAAAAAGUAGUUCAAUACUCAGUAAUGUUAUGUAGUAAUUACUGUAUUUACGAAUUUAGCACCAAAAUAUCACGAUUUAUUGAAAACAACUACAAAAAUGCGUUGGAUAAUCCAGAACAUUGGAUAAGUGAGACUCUACUGUACUUGCGAAGGAGAUACAUGACUUAGGGCCUGUCUGCAUAAGCCCAAAAACCCAGACUCGCCUCAUGGUUAGCUGUCUCCACAAUGCACAGUGGCUUCUGAUGACUCUUGGGUUUUUUUUUCUUAUUUAAACAGACUGCCACAUUUCAGGCAAAGACAGUAUAUACUCAAGGUACUGUGUCAUUUAGAAUAUCAACUACAGACCCCCAAGCCAGGCUGAGAAUGAAUGAAGCCUUUGUGGAACCAGAUGACCAGGCAUUCAGACAGGUGAAAUUUAGUAGUGUAAUGAGAAGUUUCAGCUCGGAAUGAAUCAUACAUUUGGAAGACACUACAAGAAUCAUUCUGUCCAACCCCCUUCUGCCAUGCAGAAAUACACAAAGCACUCCUAAACUCUGUUUAUACAUCUCCAGAAAUGAAGACCACCACACUCCUGAGGCAACAGCUCUGACCUAUUAAUGCAGCCUUCACUAGUAUUGGCUUUUUAAACUAUACACAGUUGACUUGUGGUCUACUAAGACUCCCAGUUCCCUAUACUGUUGCUAAGCCAGGUCACCAUCCCAUAUCUGCAUUUCAUUUUUAUUGUCGUAAAUGUAGCACUGUACAUUUCUCCCUUUUGAAAUUUAUUUUGUUAGUUUUGGCCCAGCUCUCUGUUAAGGUCAAUUUGGAUCUGAUCCUGUCCUCUGUAAUAUUUGCUUUCUCUCCCAAUUUGGUGUCACCAGCAACUUUGAUGUAUGACUUCUAUUCUGUCGUCCAAAUCAUAAAUACGUUGAAUAGCCCUAGGCCUAGGACAACCUUGAGGCACUCCAAUGAUCGCUUCCCUCCAGGAUGAAGAGGACUGAAUAUCUGCACAGUUCUGCUUUAAGAGAUUAGCUAGCAGAAAUGUGAUGAAAUGCUUCUAAACAAAGGGUGGAGGUCUGUUUUCUGGGCUCAUGCAGGUGAAACAGGAGAAAACGCUGCUAGAACACAGCCACAUAGCUCAGAAAACACACAACACCCCAGUGAUUCUGGCCGUGAAAGCCUUCAACAAUACAUAUAAAUGGUGCUUUAAUAUUAUACUACUCCUUGGUACUGAAGCAUAGUAUAUGGGCUAUCAUUGUAGCGAGGAAAUUACAACUCAAAACUUCACUGCUUACUGCUACUUUAUAUCUAGACUAGCCUCUCUGAUUGGGAGCUGGCACAGUGUUCUCAUAAUGCCAGUAAUGGCCCUGCAUCACAACUCAAUGGGUGAACAAGGGGUAGUUUGGAUAAACCUGUCCCCUGCCUGUGAGGACUUGGUGGGAGACAACUUGUCAUGGCACAAGUAGCAGAAUAGAUUCUGCAAGACAAGGCACUAGCGUCUAAACACCUCCAGAUGCUAGAUCACAGCAACCAGAGAUAAGGAGACCUUGAAAUGCAAAAUGAUUGGUGGGCGCCACCGCUUGAAGUCUUUGACUGACUACGUGGAAUCAGAGAGCUCUUUGGAAGAGGCAAUUGACAGGAGCAAAAGAACACCUGAACUGAGAAGAGAUGAAUGGUGGAGAGAGUCCAUGAGGCCAACACCGACACCAGGGACAUACUCCAUAAGAGACUUUAUUCAAGAUGCUCGUCUGAAUCCCGUGACGCCAACCUACAAUUUCAAAGGGGAAGGCAGAAAGAGACUAUCCAUCUUCCAGCAGCGUCAGGACAUAACCCUCCCGGACUCGAAACCGUACUAUCCUCCAUCGCUUAUGACACUUCUAAAGAAAACAACGGAAACAUAUUCUUUUAAGAGCCUCCCGAGGCAAAGCCCCAUGUUUUUAAGCUAUAGAGAUAAGAAUUUAAACACAGACCCUGGGCAGUAUGACCUUUUUCCUCCUCCAGUACCCACUUUCCCAGUCAAGAAUUACAUGUUUCGAUCUGGAGUACAAAGGUUUCCCACUUUUGGCCCGAAAGAAGGUCCAGGCCCAGGUGAAUAUGAAAUAAAAGAUAAUCCACCUACAGCUAUACGGUCAUGUUUCAUAUCAAAGGUCCCACGUCUGUUGCCAGCUCAUACUAAAAUACCUGGACCAGGAACAUAUUGGCCUACAAAGCAGUCUCCCAAACAGCCCAGAACCAUUGCUAGUUUGGGUCGGGAGCACACCAUCUUCUUUAGUAAUAUUCAAGACAUUUAGCACGUGCUAUGGACAUUGAGUAUGAAAGAAAGGCAAACACCCACUGCUUUACUCGAUGGAAUCUCCUAUUUUAAUUCAUCCAAACUGAUCUGUCCACCUUUUGUUCUUCUGUCCCUGAUGUCAUAUCAAUACCGCUGCAUUCCCCCAGUUCUGUGGUUAGGCUUCAUUCCCAGACUGUUUCAAACAUCCUAGACUGUUGCUGUUGCUAACCACGACUAAAUAGGUUUGGCUGUUGCUGGAUUGAGUGCAAUUUAGUCUGAAUUCAACUGAACAUAGUUUUACAGAAAAUAACCUUGAAUGGAUACAUGCUUUGCAUUAUAAAAAGACAAAAUAUACUCGUUGCAAAAUAAUUGAAGAGGGUAAAAUUUUUACAUCCUUUCCCAAAUUCAGAAAAAGGGAUUAUUUGCUGGUAGUGUUUUUAUAAUAUCACACCUUUCUGUUUUCAGUCCGCCUGAACCAUGCAUUUGACCUGCAAGGAACUUGUUUCAUUUCAGAGGCACAAAAUCGGGGGGCCACUCUUGCACUGCCAUCCCCUCUUUUCAGAAUUUCCAACAUUUAAAACUAUUUUAUACCAAUUCAGAGGAGGCACCUUUUAGAUAAGCAAUGGCAUGACUGCAAAAGGCAGUGUUUUAUUAAAAUAGCAAUUACAGAAAAAAA